AUGGUAAGGGCCUUCUUCUGUGGCCAAGAACUGCCAAGAUGCAUCACUCACACAAAUCUUAUGCUGAUUCCAAAAAAGGAGAAUAUAAACACCUUUGCUGAUCUGAGACCUAUCAGGCUGAGCAGUUUUGCUAAUAAAAUCAUCUCUAGAGUUUUGUAUGAAAGAAUUGUUCCAUUGUUUCCUGCUAUAAUAUCAACCAUGCAGACUGGUUUUGUUAAAGGUAGGAGCAUUGUGGAGAAUGUACUAUUGGCCCAAGAGAUCAUCAGGGAUAUUAAUAAGAGAAACAAACUACACAAUGUGGUGGUAAAGCUUGACAUGGCAAAAGCUUAUGAUAGAGUUUCAUGGAUAUACUUAACUAAAGUGCUUAGACUAUUUGGUUUCUCUGAAAUUAUCAUAGAUAUGGUUUGA